AUGAUCCGUCUACACGCCAAGGUGGAUCUGGAUCUGUGCAGUAAUGACUCUAUCAGGCCUGAUUUCCGAGGCCCCUGCUGCGGGACCCAGUCUAAGGGGAUGUUUGAAUGUGGCCCAGGAGGAGCUGGGGGUGCUCUGCUCUCGGAGAGGGUGAGGGCGGAUUGUCCACGCUCCGUGUCCUCACCCCUCCGGAUGGAGGGCUCAGUACAGGUGUCAAUCGUGUCGAUCGUCAACUACAUUGAUAUUCAAGUGGUUUUUGCUUCUCUUCCUCUGAUCCAGGGCCUGCCUCAGGAGGCGGGGCCCGGCCUGACAGGGUCAGAGACGGAGGGAGCGGUUGAGAAGCAGGGCCACUGCUGCCCUGGAGGUCGUGGGGUGCUAACCCGAGGGGGGCGAGUGUGUGGGCAGUGGGGGAGGGGGCUCUGA